CCGAUUCUGGGCUUGAAAGAGAGUGCCUGUCUUCAGGUCUGUCACACAACGCUAGCCAACGGUCUGCACUUUGGAGCACGAACAUGUGCAGCUUGUGCAGCUUUUUUUCGAAGAACAAUAAGUGAUGGGAAAAAAUAUGUCUGCAAAAGGAGCCAACCUACGGGAUACCGGAAGAUCUGUCGGAGCUGCCGCUUGAAACGAUGCAUGGACAUUGGGAUGCUACCAGAUAGUGAGUUUUCAAUUUCUUUUAUAUUCUUCCACUUUUUCGGACAUAUGCUCAUGAUGUAUAUAAUCUCGUGA